AUUUUGGGGAUACUCUAUCUUCCACUACUUUUACUACAGGGGAAUUCUUUGUGAAUGAACUACCUGGCUUCGAGCUAUAAAAGAAUACAUCGCGGAGUUGAAGGUAUCAGUUUCAAUCAGCGUUGAAGUGAAGAAACAACCACAAUGUUCGCUAAGGUUCUUGCAAUCUCUGCUUUCGUAGCUUUCGCUCAAGCUGGACUUUUGCCAGUUGGACACGUAGUAAACGAACACGCUGUAGAUUACUACGCUCACCCAAAAUAUGAAUUUAACUACGGAGUUAAAGAUGGACACACUGGUGACCAAAAAUCCCAACAUGAAGUCCGUGAUGGUGAUGUAGUCAAAGGAACCUACUCCCUUGUUGAACCCGAUGGUACCUUGAGAACCGUCCACUACACCGCUGAUGACCACAAUGGUUUCAACGCUGUUGUAGAAAAAUCUGGACACGCUGUACACCCACAACAAGUUGCCCAUGCCGUCCCUGUUGUACACGCCGCCCCUGUAGUCCAUGCUACCCCUAUUGUACACGCUGCUCCAGUUGUACAUGCUGCCCCAGUCUACUACCAUCAUUAAUUCUGUUGCGAUCUGUUUGUUUUGUUUGAACGUGUGAUAAGUUAUAAUAUUAAAAUGUAAAUAUUUUUUCCAA